UGAAAAGGCAGGAAGUAUUUACGAAAUCCUAAUGUAUUUUAUUAACUGAUACAAUCUAUUUAGGUGCAAUAUUAGUUCUUGCACCGACUGUGUAACACCGUAAAUAGAAAUAAUCUAAGUUAUUGUAUCAGAUAUGACACAGUAUAAAAGACUGCUUAGGGCUAUUUUUGUGCUGCCAUUUUCAGCAGGAGACCCAAAGAAUCAGUAUCUAAAUGGAAUAGUCACUCAUGAUGUAAGUGUUUCUGGUGUAGUGUUUCUUAUUAGCAUUGUUGUAAUUCUUUGCGAAAUAUUAUUGAUUGGAUCAUUCGGGACUGAGCAGGAUUCUACGUUUCUAUUCGUAAAAACAAUGGAAGUGACCUCUGGUCUUGCUAUAUUGAUUUGCAUAAUUCUAUUCAUCUAUGCAUCAUUUAAACCAGAUAUACUAGAAACAAACGAUAGCUGGGAUGUUAGAAACAUCAUCAUGAUGAAGUUUCUAUGGCUGUUUACCUUAGCUAGUUUGACAUAUAGUGGAAUUUACAUUGCAUACCAUGCUGACUGUCUUAUAAAUAAUUAUCCACUUGACGAUGUCAAAAAUCGUAUUCUUUGUGACGUUUUUCUGUUCACUUAUAGAUCAGUCCAAACAGGGUUUUUAACCUACUUUUCACACCGAGUGUUUGUGCGUAAACUCAGAUUCUAUUACGGAUUGCUUGUCUUAUUUUUAAUUAACAUAACAGUAAUUGUAAUAGACUUUGCUCACUCGGUCCGGGACGUUCAAAGCUUCAGUAUAAAUAACACACAAAUCGCUAAACCAAAUACAUGUGCAAGCAAUUCAUCUGUUAGUUCAGUUUUGCUUUAUGUGAAGAAUUUCUUGGAACCUGCUGAACUUGAAUAUUCUUUAUUGACUAUUUUAUUUAUUACACAGCUAUGGCCAAAGAAGAAAAACAGUAAUGUAGUGUGUACAAUUCGCAAUGGUAUUACUGGUGGGGAAUAUGAACCUUUAAUCUGUGUAAAUGAGAAUAAAGCAGUUUAUGAUAACAUUCCUUGUAGUCCGAAUUCCGAAAAACAUAAACGCAUGACUAUGAUAUUCGCAAAUAUUGAAUUCCCCGUGCUUAUUUCAAUACCAAGCACUAUUUUACUGAUUAUGAAAAUCUACGCUCCAAAAGACGAAUCAUUAAAUAGUAUAUUAAACAUCUUUAAUGGACUUCAAGUGACUAUACUUUUGUUUGUUUUAAUCAAAUGUUUUUACUUACUACAGUCAGACUGUAAACCGACGAAAGUGGAAAGCCAUUUUACAUCUAAAGACUAUCUUAUUCUUGUCAGUUUUGUUGGAUCGUUAUGUUUAUAUACAAUGAGACUAAUUCCAUAUAUUUUACUUUUACAUACAGAUAAUCAAAAUCCAACUAAGACCUAUACUUUAAUAUGUUAUAGUGAUUAUUGGUAUUUAUUUUCAAACUGUUUUCUUAUUCCAAAUGAAAAACUAUGGAAAGGUGGAAAUCCAGUCAUCUUGGAUAUCAAUAGAGUAUACGUGUCUUUUUAUAUCCGUUGUCAAUUUGAUGAUAUGGGCAGAGGAUUCAUUUAUAGCCGCUCGUUGGUUAUUUCGUGAUGACGCACCAGCAUUUUUCUAUGGUAACAAGGUGUGGGUUAUAUAUUUUACUCUGCUUUUUCCUUUUGUUAUUUUUUACCGUUUUAAAUGUUUCGUAGCAUUUUAUGGCUUGUAUCACAGACUGUCGAAAUAAAAGUUUAGAAGGAAAUUAAAAUUUAAAACGAUUUGUUGCUUUAAACAUGUUAACUUUCAUUCCAGACGUAACAA